UUUAUUGUGCAGAAUAGUGAUAUUAAACAAGGAUCUAAAGUUGGUGGCAAAGAACCAAACUCCAUUUCCAGUGAACUUGCUUCUGCAAUAAAUGAUGGUCUUUACUUCUAUGAGCAGGAACUUAAAAAUAAGCGGUCAAAUCGUAGAAAGAAUAAUUUUGAUAAUAGAGAUCGAAAGUUAAAAUCUACAAGCAAUACUUCAGGAGUGCCUAAUAUGAAGAUGGGAGAAAAUAUCAGUGCAAGCAAUGCCCUGGAAGAGGCUGGAAGCACGAGUCUCCGGAGGAAACAAAAAGGCACUCUCAAGCAGCAGUCUUCCCAUAAGCAGCGGUUUUUCUCUAGCAAUUUUAGAAAUCAUGGAACUGGUCGUAACUCUUUGGGAAUUAUAUCUGAAAGUCCACCAAGUAAUUCCGUUGGAUUUUUCUUCGCUUCUACGCCUCCUGAAAAUCAUGGCCCUAGACCUUCAAAAUUGAGUGUUUCACCCCGCCUUUCUGGAAGUAGCCCACCUGUGGGUUCCUUGCCUAAGUCUUUUCCACCAUUUCAGCACCCGAGUCACCAACUUUUAGAAGAAAAUGGUUUCAAACAUCAGAAGUAUCUCAAGUAUCAUAAGCGGUGCCUGAAUGAUAGAAAGAAACUUGGAAUUGGCUGCAGUGAGGAAAUGAAUACAUUAUACAGGUUCUGGUCAUACUUUCUCAGAGACAUGUUUGUUCCUUCUAUGUACGAUGAAUUUAAGAAACUAGCAAUGGAGGAUGCAUUGGCUAAUUAUUAUUACGGGAUAGAGUGCCUUUUCAGAUUCUACAGUUAUGGCUUGGAGAAGGAAUUUAGAGAGGAUCUAUACAAGGAUUUUGAACAGUUGACUCUGGACUUUUACCACAAGGGCAAUUUGUAUGGCCUGGAAAAAUACUGGGCAUUUCACCACUAUCGUGCGGUACGGGACCAGAAAGAACCGUUGAGCAAACACCCGGAGCUAGAUAAAUUGCUCAGAGAAGAAUACCGAAGUUUGGAAGACUUUCGAGCUAAAGAAAGAAAGACGGUGAAAGAGGGCAUCAACUAAAUUAUGAGUAAUACAAAAUCCUUUUGGCAGAGUUUUUGAUGGCGUCCCCAGUUUUGAAUUGAAAUCUAACAUGACAGUGAGUUGGAGGAGAAGCGGCCUGCUUUUUAAUUUGAACGCAAAGAGCAAGAUUAUUUUUGUUUGUUCAAUAUUGGUUUGGAUUGCUUAAACCUUGCCUGUGCGAGGGCUGCUGAUUGCCAAGCCUCCCAACGUUUCUGAAGCUUCCGAAUGCAUCCUCUGUUUCCGGGUCAUUCGACUUUGAGGAGGAUAUGUUGUACAUAAACUGAUAGACUAGUCUAGGAAAGAACCAAAAAAAAAAAAACAAGAAGAAAAGAAAAGAGGGGAGAGUCCUUUAUUUUAAAUGGGAAUGGUGUCGAAAAAUGUGCAAGGUUUUGUACUUUAUAGCUUUGCCAAAUUUGCAAUAAGACUUGUUUUUAGUGUAA